AUGACUACCCAUGCCGUUGUGCGCUCAUAUUCGGCUCCCGUGCAGAGUGCAGAGGCGGCGCCGUACAUGUGCCAGCUCCGAUCCAUGUCGAUUGAACCGAUGAAGUGCCAAGGAGUCCUCGUUGACACGCAUGCUGCCCUCUUCACGCGCAGGUGCAUGGCAUAUUUUGAAAAGGGCGACAAGGUUGUUGUGGGCCCAGCGAGGGUUGACGGUGGCUUGGAUGACGGUGACUGGAUUCCCGUCGUGUGGAUCAGUAUCCAUGAAACGCUCGACUUUGCCAUGGCGCUUUUGGACAGACCAGCCAAAGUCGCGCCGGUAGGCAUUCUCUGGGACGACCUCAAACCCGGCGCAAUUGCGACCAUGCGUGGAUGGAACCCGUUCAACGGUGACAAUGCUUCCAAAAUCGUCCUCGAGACGUCGGUCCAAAUCAUGACGAACGAUCAAUGCACUGCAAAGUUCAACCACUCCAUUGCCAACGAGGUCGUGUGUGGCGACAACGACUGGUUUCCCGACUGUGCGUCGUACGUGUUUGGGUCGCUCUUUGCAAACAUUGGUGGCAACGACUUUCUUGUUGGGAUCCAGUCGGGCUUUUGGUGCAAUUCGCGUCCUGCGUUCCAGAUAUUUAGUCGCCUCUCCGCCGGUCGAGGCUUCAUCGAACAGUUCUUGUGCUUGGCAAAGUAGCAGCUUCAUAAGCACGCAACGUCACGGCAGCAUUUCCAUCCAUACGCUCCCGUCCAUACGAUCCCGUACGAUUAAUCAAUACAUCGUGUAUUGAUUAAUCGAAAGGUCCAUCCCCAUCACACGUCACUCUUACACAUGGAACUUCCCGUGUCCUUCGCUUCACAUGUCAGAUACGCGCCGCUUGAACUUGACGACGUGGAGUCGUGCAACACUCGCGCGAAAACCGCAGUCGCAUUGUGAAGCACGUAUGCGCCGAUGUUCGGAAUGCACUCCUCACUGGCAUGAUCGCGUUCACAAUGGCGUGCGGGGUUUGCG